AUGACCGACUCCGAGAAGUAUCUCGCGGAGAUUUUCGCGCGUGUUGAGUCACGUGGCUUUACAACCGAAUACCAGGAUAGAAGAGAGGCAAGCAAAAACGCUAUUUGUCAAACACAGUUAGCGCCCGCGACAGUCAAUAGAUACAAUUCAGCGGUGAAGCUAUGGGAAUUGUUCAAAUGCUAUCGACGCCUUGGGAAAGAGGACGAACCAUGCGAAUAUGGCUCUGACCCGACUCCACAGAUGCUCAAAGGCUUUGCGGAAUUUUGUGUUGUCGCAAAAUCGAAAUUUCCAUCCCAAGCAACUGUGACCGGGAUAUUCAGAGCUUUCUCUGCACAGUGGAAAAGAGACAAUUCGAAAGGUCUACCAGAGGAGGUCACGAGGGAUGUCUAUAAUUAUAUCAAAACAACGCUCACGUCUGAACGUGGUCUCAACACCAAGCCUCGGCAAAAGUUUCAAACAACGGGAAUAGAUAUCCUGUACCUCCUGAGACACCUCUUCGGCUACGAUGAUCAUGAUUAUGUACAUGAAAGAGCCCGCGUGCAGUUCGGUAGCUUAUUAUCUCUCUUUGCCGGAUCGGCACAGCGUGCGGGUGCAAUAAUAGUGUCGAGCUCGUAUCGUGGAACAAAUGAGUGUCUCUUCUAUAAGCACAUGACUUUCAACAUCAAGUGGAACGAAAGCCGGGACAAGGUCGUUCGCUGGGUGACGGUUCGCCCGGAAUUCACCAAAGGAAAACGUUAUAGGAACGACAAAGUGGUUGAGCGAGAUUGGCUUCAGGAGCACCCUGUGCUUGCUCUGAACUUCGUGUUUUGGGUGAUUGUGCUUGGGGUGGCAGAUGGAGCAUUCAGAAACUGCGAAACCCUACAUGACGUGCUAUCAGUGAAGCCUCCAGCAUCCAGGGACACAUUGACGCUGGAAUGGGCAGAUCAUAUCAAGGAAACACCCCUUUUCCGGAUGGUCAGGCCCGAAGGGCCCGAUUCAUCACACGGCCUAAGUUUUUCGUCCAUGAGACAUCAUUUUCAGAGUCUGGCGAAAAGAGAUGGUUUCUACGAUCCCUUGCGCGUUCAUGGUAUUCGAGGGGGAGUGGUCAACACUAUAAACUCGAAGGUAUCUGACGCUAGUAGGGGGCAGGCUUUAGGUCAAAAAGACACAAAGUCUUUCCUUUCAUAUCAGUCCGAUGUCAAAGACGUUGAUAUUCAGGCCUGCGUCUUCAAUUUGCAGCCUAAUUUCGAAUGUCGGGAUAUGGAGCGGAGUAUGUCAAACCACAGAGAUACCAAUGUUCCAACUCAAGUGAGUGCGGCUGCUCUGAAAGAGUUCAAUCGCAGACCAGACAUCGUUGAGCUCAACCGACAGAUUGAGGAUUUAUCGGCAAAGAUCUCUUUAAGACCUACACUUAAUCCGAGUCUGACUGGCGAGAGAGCAAAAUUGUACGGUCGAAAGGCCAAGGCGCUUCAAUGUUUUAAAAAGCAAUAUGUUGAAGAAUGGUGGAGUUCAAGCAACGAUCGGUACACAAAGAGAGAUGAGGACGGGAACAAUUGCCCUUAUCGCGAUACAACACCUAUUUUUGACAUAUACCGAAAAUAUGUUUCUGAACGCUCUCGUUUGAGUGAGAAUCUGUUCAAGGAAGCGAAUGUUGAUAGCGAAAUUGGUCGACAAUGCCUGGAGGACAUGCUCUCAAUAUGCAAAUCAGUAGCGCGGGUGGCCUAUUACCCGGGGCUGGAGCCACGAGAUGGUCGAUGCCCCCGAUGUGAGAGGGCUGUGACAGAGUGA